AUGUACUCGGCGGCCUCUUCUUCGCCGCCGCCGCCGCCGCCCCUCCUCUCACCCCCCCGGCGGGAUUUCAUCUCGGUCACGCUGAGCGGCGGCCAGUUUCAGCCGGCGGGCGGCGGCGGCGGCGGCUACAACAACAGCAAGGCCUGGCGGAGGCGUUCCUGCUGGCGGAAAUGGAAGCAGCUGUCCCGCCUUCAGCGGAGCAUCAUCCUCUUCCUCUUUGCCUUUCUGGUUGUCUGUGGAAUCAAGACGUAUGCAAAUAUGGCUGACCCGUGGAAAAGUGCCACCAGCAGAUCUUCGGAGGAGCAGAAGGCUGAUCUGGAGAUCCCUGGAUUGAAUCCAGCAAAUCAGGCGAUUCUCCCGAUACCCCAGAAAGCUGAUGCCAGCCUCAGGGACUUUUCACCUCAAAAACCUCUGAAGCAGAUUCCUGCCCGACGAGGGCCUCCGAAUCUGCAGAUCCGGCCACCUUGGAGGGAGACGGAGGCUAACAGAGCGGAGGGAAAACCUGGCCAGGCGGAUCAGGCGCAUAACCUGGAUAAGCCUGUCAUUAGUCGGAGAGGACCCCUGAUUGAGCCCAACCCGAGCCCCGAGCCGCCUUCCAGGAAAAUAAGCCCUCCAGGCAGGCCUUCUGCCGUGGCGUCCGAAGACCCGAAAGAGCCAGGUAGCGGGCAGGGCCCAGCUUAA